CUUGACUUCUCUUGAUUGAGAAAGCUUUAAUAUUUUUGUCUUGGGCGAAGACAGAAACAACAUUCAUUUACAUUUAUGCUUUCAAUUUUAGAAACAAAACCCAAGAAAUGCCUCAUUCCACAAACAAAGAACUGAUACUUGGUAUCAUGGUGGGAACUACUGGAAUCAGCUUGCUUCUUUUGUGGUACCACAAGGUUCGUAAAUCAAGGACAACAUUGAAUUUACCUAACUUUCUUUCUCUGGGUAAUAAGUUUGAUUCUGUGACUUUUCAAGAUGAAAUGUGUAAUGGCCAAGGAACAGCUGCAAUCUUUCAAGGAAGGCAGCUUCAGAUAUUGGAGAAGUUAAACGAAUUACUGACAAAUAUGGAAGAACUCAAAGAGGAAAUCAGAGUUCUUAAAGAAACGAUUCCAAAGCUGGAGGAAUAUAUACAAGGUGAACUUGGAGGGAGGAUAACUGUUCAUAAGAUAAGUCCUCAGCACAGAGCUAGAAAAAGAAGGCUUGCCACAGUUCAAAGUUCUGGAACAAGCAAUAGUUCAGAGGAAGCAGAAAGUGAAGGAGGGUAUAUUACAGCUAAUACUGACACAGAAGAACAGAGUUUUCCAGUCCCUAAGGCAUUUAACACACACAUAGAGGAAUUAAAUUUAGAUGUCCUUCUUCAGAAGGCUGAUAAUUUACGUAUGAAUGAAUGUAGCAAAAUGGAGAGUUUUGAACUACUUUGUGAUCACAAAGAAAAGUUUAGAGAUGAAAUAGAGUUUAUUUGGCGGUUAGUUCGUGCUUACGGAGACAUGUAUGAGCUAUCUACUAACGCACAAGAAAAGAAACAUUAUGCUAAUAUUGGAAAGACGUUAGGGGAAAGAGCGAUCACUACAGCACCCACGAAUGGACAUUGUCAUCUGUGGUAUGCGGUUUUGUGUGGCUAUGUAUCUGAGUUUGAGGGCUUACAAAACAAAAUCAACUAUGGACAUCGCUUCAAGGAACAUCUAGAUAAAGCAAUCCAAUUUUUACCUGAAGAACCCUUUUUGUAUUACCUCAAAGGAAGAUACUGUUAUACUGUCUCGAAACUGAGCUGGAUUGAGAAAAAAAUGGCUGCUACUCUGUUUGGAAAAAUACCAUCCUCAACUGUAGAAGAAGCUUUGCAAAAUUUCCUUAAGGUUGAAGAACUACACCCUGGUUUUUCUAAGUCCAAUUACUUGUUCUUGGCCAAGUGUUACAUCGAUCUUGAACAAACAGAUGACGCUAUGAAGUUUUGUAAUUUGGCAGUGUUGCUUCCUUGUGUUACCAAAGAGGGAGCUCUAAGCUCAUCACACUGAACUUGUUAUUGAGAGUGUCAGCCCUUGGGCUCUGGGGCCUAGAUUCAUGCAUGUGAACAACUUUACAUUCCCGGAAUUUGAAACUACAGUGUUUUACGGAGAGAAAGUGUGCCGUCUCAGCAGAAAGGUUUGGAUAGUUUGAAUCUGAGGAAGAAAGGAAUAACCUGAACUCAAAACCAUAACCCGAGUCCUCAGCAGACGAUGUUUACACAAAUAUGGCCAAUAUAUCGAGUGCUUGAAACAUAAUGAAGACCUCAGAAUUAAUCAGAUAGCUGUGCAGUUGACAUGCUAUGAAGGAAAAAACUUACAUGCAGGCGAGUAUCACACCAUGUGAGUAUAACUCAUGUGGCAAAGUCUUCAAUUGGAGAUUAUCACUGAAGGGUCAGCAUAGAAUUCAUAUGUAGAAAAAUGAAUUGAUGGAUGGAUGUAGGCAGACGUUUAGCAGCCUCUCCUCUCCCCCUUAGUAGCAGAGAUUUCACACUGGAGAGGAGCUCUUUGAUUAUAAUGAGAAUGGGGAAAUAGCCACAGCUCAGCUGACUCAGUCUGUGGUACUGGAGAGAACCCCUACAAAUGUAAUGAAUGUGGCAAACUCUUCAGCCAGAGAGCUAACUUUUGUUUAUAUGAGAGAGUUCACACAGGAGAAGAACCCUUUGCCUGUAAUCAGUGUGGAAAUGCCUCCAAUAACAACUUAUCCUUUAAACAGCAUGAGUGAAUUCACACUGCAGAGAAACUACAUGAAUGUCAUCUAUGUGGUAAAGCCCUUAGCUGAUGCUCUAAGCUUAGCCAUCAUGAGAACACAUACUGGAGAGAAACCCUAUACAUGUAAUGAAUGUAGAAGAACCUUCAGCCUCAGACUUAACCUUUACAUAAGAGUUCCCACAGGGAAGGCACCCUACAGCCUUCAGCCAAAGCUCAAGCCUUGGAAGGCACAGAACACUGAGCAAAACAAGAAGGAGAACAGCAAGUCUUUACCAGGAGGAGGAAGCCAUUUGAGAAAUACCAGAUAAUUCAUGUUAGAGAAGCAAUUCAAUGAAGUAAAUAGGAGAAACCCUUUCCUCACAGAGUAGCAUUCCAGGACAUGUGAGGAUUCUCACUGUAUUAAACACUCUCAGUAUCGUGAAUGAAGGAAAGUCUUCACUGACCACACAUACCUUAGUCAGCCUUCAAGUUCUCACACUGGGGAGUCCCUCAGCCUUCAAUCCAAGUAGAAAUGCCUUUAACUGCAGUUUAUAUAAGAAAACUCAGACUGGAGAACAAAACUAUCAAGAACCCUUAGAAUACAAUUCAACAUAUAAUUUAGACUUUUGGCAAAUGACAUGGCACUGAAAAUAAUGUAGUGUAAAAAUGCAGAACUGUAAUGCAUUCUUGGAAAUGUAGAAUGCAGAAUUUGGUAAAACAUAAUAAGCAGUAAGAUAAUCCCUCCUCAGCGGAUUAAUAAAAGUUGUUGAUAAAAAAUCUGAUACAUUGGUAUUUGUCUUCAAAAAAUCAUGAAACAUUAUGC